CUCUGCCUGCCCCCAACGUCCUCGUGAUCGUUAGUCCUCCGUCGGAUAAGUACAGCUUUCGUAAUUUGUGACUGCUGCUGUGCUUUCGCAUAGUUCUUUGCAGUGUAGGCUAUUCUGGCCUUAAGCCGUUGCUAGCACUGUUUGACUGCCACUGGCAUUCUUUGUUGCAAGGAUACUGCUUGUGUCCUGCCUUUUGUUAGCAUGAGCGUUAUCGUGGCCGUACCUGCUUGGUACGAUAUUAUAUUUGUUUAAAUUGCUAGUAUUGUUUAUUGGUAAAGGCACUGUUUGUUGCACAGGGCACUGCUUGUGCCCUGCCAUUGUUAGCUUAUCGUGUACGUACCUGCUUGGUACAAUUUAUCUUGUGCUAGCAUCGUUUACCUGAUAGGCACUGUUUGUUGCACGCGGCACUGCUUGUGUCCUGCCCUUGUUUGCUGAUAGUGUACCUGCUUGGUACAGUAUAUCGUUGCAUGCGUGUAUAGAUUGUCAACAUGUCAUUACUUAGCUCAAAUGUGUGUCGGUGGUUUUAUUUAUUUAUUUAUUUAUUUCUUCUGUGCGGUAAUGUCUCCCCCCCUAGCGGUUUUUUUGGGUUUUUUUUUAGCUCGUCCACCGCUUGGCCUCAAUAUUCCGGUUGCUGCCGUAACCCCCCUAAUCUUCGAGGAGUUUACUCGGGAAUUGGCUGCCUAUCCCCUGUCUAAAAGGCGCUAUGUCUUAGACGGGAUUCGGUUGGGCUUUCGUGUUGGUUGGGAGCCUGAUAGGGUAUCUUUGCGUUCUCGGACAUCUAAUAUGCGCUCUGCCUCUGACCAUCCAGAAGUCGUGGAUGCUUACCUGUUCUCAGAGUUAGCGGCCAGAUGCGUGGCAGGCCCGUUUACCAGCCCUCCGGUUCCGCUCCUUCGUGUCAGCCCCUUUGGUGUCAUCCCCAAGAAUCACCAGCCUGGCAAGUGGCGCCUUAUCCUCGAUCUGUCCUCGCCGGCUGGUCACAGUGUCAAUGACGGUAUCCCCAAGGAUCCUUACUCGUUGCAUUUUGUGAAGGUUGAUGACGCCAUUCGUGCUUUGGUCGAUAUGGGCCCCGGGGCGCUGAUGGCAAAGUUCGACGUCAAAGCAGCUUAUCGUAAUAUCCCGAUACACCCUGAUGAUCGUUACCUCUUAGGUAUGAAAUGGCGUGAUCGUUUCUACGUUGAUCUCGUGUUGCCAUUUGGUUUACGUUCGGCCCCGUUUAUCUUCAAUUCGGUUGCUGAGGCCGUGGAAUGGAUCUUGGUGCAUAAUAAUGCUGUCAGCCCGCUGUUCCAUUAUUUGGACGAUUUCUUAACCAUGGGUCCUGCCAAUUCGUCCAUUUGUCAAUCCCACAUGGAUAACGCUUUUACCGUGUUUGCCCGCUUGGGUCUCCCUUUGCAUUUGCAAAAGUGCGAGGGCCCGUUCACUGUUUUGGUGUUUCUCGGUAUCGAGUUGGAUUCCGUACAGCAGUUAGCUCGUUUGCCCCGUGACAAGGUCGAUCGCAUCCUGCGGCUUCUCCAGUCGUGGUCUCGUAAGAAAACGUGUACGCGUCGUGACCUGGAGUCCUUGAUCGAUCUAUUAUGCUGUUUUCGUCAUCGCGACCAUCCCAUUCGCUUGAAUGUUGAGUUUCGUAGAGACCUACAAUGGUGGCUGUCUUUUUUCUUAGAGUGGAAAGGAGUGUCCUUUUUUCUUGCGCCCGCGGUGUCCCAGUUACCUGAUCUAGUUAUUUCAUCCGAUGCGUCAGGUUCCUGCGGUUUUGGUGCCCUAUGA